UCUCUCUCUCGCUGUCUGUCUUUGUUCUUGUCUUUAUCUACGUCUCUCUCUCUCUGUCUCCAUAUCGUUCCUCAUCUGGCCAGCUCUGUUUACAUCCCUUUUCCUGUGUCUGUAUGUCUAUCCGUCUGUCCCGAUCUUUGUCUCGGCCGCAUCGACUACACUCCAAACCAGGCGGGACUCGAGCUCUACUUUGCAAGAGUGUCCCGCUUCAACUGUAGGCCUCCUGUUCCUCUCGAGCCGCCGGAUUGGCUGGUUGCUCGCCUCACACUCCCAACCACAGCCAAGCCCCCCCCUGUCUCGGCCAAUAGGAAGAGGCGUAGGCCGAAGGGACUCACCUCGAGAGUGUGA